CUCGGGUGGGGCAAGAGGUGGACGAACAUGUUCGUAAACAGUCUUUUCCUCCAAGGGCUUCUCCUUGCCGUCUUCCCGCUUCGCUCCCCACAUCUCCCCAUAGCAGCUCAUUCGCACGUGGCAUCAGCACUCCUCUCACCGAAAUUCGCCCAACAAUGUUCCCUCAUACCCAGCAGCAUGCCACCACACCUCCCGUGCCCCCCUCACAGCCUGGCGGAAAAAGCUACGUCCCGGACAUGUUUCAGCGAAUGUCACAGGCGCUUUCGCCUGCUGUUCAACGGCUGGUAUCUCUGGGUGAGAUCAGAACACAUGUGGCGCCCACUCUAGUAGAUGUGCCCUAUUGGCCGCGUACUCUAGAGAGCGUGAAGAGCGUGCUCGACAAGAACAAAGAUUGGGAGAUUCUUCGGGAUGCAGGAGAAGAGGCGGUGGAAGGGCAUGAUCAGAUGAAUGACAGCGAUGUCGCUGAUAUGGAGAUUGGCGUAGAAAUGGCUGAUAUCUCUCUUUCGUCGUCUACCUUUCCGACCCCCCGUGAGGCUGAAUCGGGAGAAGUCAUCCAGUAUUCGAAAAAGGAGAUCAUGGCUUGGGCGAGUGAAGGUGUAAAGAUUCGCAGACUCUGUCACCCGGCCUGGCGGGAGUUUAAGUCUGGGAGGAUCGACAGAGGCACUUAUGCGCGUAGGAUUGCAAUGUAUACUCACUCAGUUUAUGAACCUCAUCUCAAAAAAGUCCUGCGUGACAAAGGGCGAAUGGACAUCAGCCAUUCAGAAAACACCAUCGAAGAGAUUUUCAAGAUUCUGAUAGAGAAAUGCGAGGCUGGGGCUCUUGAUUCCUUGUCUAUUGACGUGGGGGUGAUAGUCCUACGGCGCAAACCAAGAGGACCGCUUGAUGACUCGCCACGAUAGAUUAUCUCACAUACCAUUCCAUCCAUCCUUCUAAAAUUCAAUAAUUCAAGCUCAUGAAUCAGAAUGAGUGACUUGUACUCACACUGCCAUGUACUUGUACUUGGGCUGUACAAACGUGUAU